UGUACCAUCCUGCGGGGAAAUCAGCACCUGAGUUGCGGAGCAUACAGUCUGUCGCAUUUACCUAUUCGUUUUAGAAAAGUUUCAUUAGUUUCGAAGACACACAACAGGGAAGGUUAGCUGAGAAGAAAAAAGAAAUCCGCGUCCGUCAGACAUGGUCGGACAAACCAACUAACUUUUUGUGACCAGUUAUUGUCCUCACAAUGAGGCGUUUACAAUCAUUCGCCAGUGUGCUCUUGAAGGCUGUUAUCUUACUUUUUGCCACUGUAAAGGUUUUACAUUCACAACAAUGUCUUGAGUCUUGUACCUAUAAAUUUGACAUCACCACAACGGAUAUCUCAAUACAAGUGACAGAAAGUGUUGUGCCAUGCAAUGUUCACAAUACCACCUUCAACCAGACGGGGGGGAGAUUGAUCAUCAAUGAACUGACGCCAGGAACCGAAUACUCUUUAUCCAUCAACUGUACUGGUGUGCAGAACUGCUGUUCUAACUUCACAACACAAGCAGUCAAUCUUACAGUCACGCACAUCAACACAACAUCAGCGAAUGUCACCUGGACAGGGUCCCUCGUUGCAAACGCCUCGUUCACGUUCACCACACGCCCACAGGGCGUCAGCAAUUUGACCGCCAGUAAGGUCACGUCCGAUUCCGUGUCUCUUACUUGGGUCAAGGGCCAGGGCGAAAGUCCCUUCUAUAGAGUGCUUUGGAAAAGUAAGCAAACCUCUCUGACCAGAAGCAAAAGCACCGUUGACGCCUCUGCCACGAUAACAGGCCUGACCCCUGGCACUAAAUAUGAAUUCACGGUCAAAUCAGUCGCGGCUGAUAACCAGACUGAAGGUGCCGAGUCAGUUGCUCUGCCAGUGACAACCAACCCAGGAACUGCUGAAAACAUCACAGCUGUCCAAGGGAAUAGCUCUAUGAACGUGUCCUGGGACAAGCCUCAGGGCUCUGUGGAACGAUAUGUAGUGCAGCUUGGAGGGCAAAGCAAAUCAACAGGCUUUCUUCAUGUUGAAUUUGAAGAUCUCCAAGCAGGAACUGUAUAUAAUUGCAGUGUGACUUCAGUUCUUGCAGCCGUAAACAACACCUCAGACUUUGUUGAGUUGGCUACCAAGCCCAACCCUCCAGACUCAGUCAGCAUCAGCAACAGGAGAAACAGCUCCUUGUCUCUCACAUGGAGCACUCCUCUCCUGAUGAGUUCAGCCACACAACUCUCUUAUGCGGUGUCUUACUCUCCCAGUGGCUCAUCUGCAGAGGAGGUCACUAAUGGUGACUCUUUCAUGCUGUCCAGUCUGGCCUCUGGAACACUGUAUAGCAUUUAUUUGACAACCAUUGGACCUCAAAACCUGAGGAGCUCCACUGUCUCUUUGGAUGAAUACACUCUGCCCAACCCUGUGACUAACCUCAGAAGCACUUCUCUGUCCACCACAUCAGUGAAACUGGAAUGGGGCAGCCCUAUUGGUUAUCAGAGUUACUAUAGAUAUAAGGUCUCUGGAGUGCAGACAAAUGAGACUGUUUCUGACAGCAGUGAAAUGACAGGCCUUCAACCUGGAACUGAAUAUAACUUCAGUGUCACAACCACUAUAUCAGAGUCUCCUGCUGUCCAGGGGCAGCCUGAGUAUGUGUUGGGCUAUACAAAACCAACGACUGUAGGCAAUCUCUCAGCAGAGGCUGUCAGCACAACUCAAAUUCGCCUCACAUGGGAUCGACCACCAGACCAUAAAGACUCUUAUACAUAUGAAGCACAGAUUAAUAGUUCCAUCGUCCAGAGCAAAAUCACUUCUGGCGACAACAUAGAGUUUGAGAACCUGGUCCCUGGCACCAAUUACACGUUCAGGGUCAUCACCAAAGCAAACAACGAGACAUCUCAGCCAGUUGAUGUGUCCUCAUUCACAAAGGUUGGGAGAGCAACAGGCCUGACUGCAAUCGGAACCACAAGAAACAUGACAGUCACCUGGGACCCUCCCACUGGAAACGUAGAGACAUACGUCAUCGCCAUCCGCCUAAACCAACAUCUGAUCGCAAAUGUGACUGUGACAAAUGUGACAAACCAAGAGGUUUUUCAAAAUCUGUGGCCAGGCAAAAACUACACAGUCACGGUGACCACCAAAAGUGGACCAUUCCAGGAAGACUCAGACAUGGUCUCAAAUGCCACAUAUCCCACCCCUCCCAGGGAGCUAGUGGUUGAGCAAUCGACUAACAGCUCCUUAAGCCUGAAGUGGGAGAGGCCUCUAAACAUGUCGUUGGGAGAGUACAGCUUCAUUGUAACCAUUGGAGACACUCCCUAUCCGACGCCGAAUGACAGCAUCACCGUGAAUGACCUGUCGUCAGGCACUCAGUACAACGUUACAGUGAAGACUGUGGGUCUCAUGGACUAUGAGAGCACAGUGCUCACAAUCUCAAAUUACACCAAUCCCAACCCGCUGAGUGAGCUGAAACAGCUCGAGCUCAGCACGUCGAGCGUGACUGUGAAUUGGACUCAGAGCGACGCUAAAGAGGGUUAUUCGUACCUGGUGACUGUUUAUCAUCCUAAUGGGACGGAGGUUAAUCAGGCCAAUGUCUCCGAGCCUGCAACAACAGCGACUAUAGGGAACCUGGCGUCUGGAGCGGAGUACAAUGUCACUGUCAUCACUCAGACUGCAGGGGGCACUAGAGCUCCAGCCAAGUCCAUCAUCGCAUUCACAAAACCCAACCCAAUCACUGGGUUAGUAGCCAUCACACAGAACGAUUCUGCUGUGUUCCUAAACUGGACCAAACCCAUAGGCUUCCCUGCAGGGGGGAUUUACUACAUCACAACCAACUGCAGCGAUGCCCAACCCAACAGGACUGUCCAGGUGGAGACCAUCUACAUCACAGGGCUGCUCCCAGGCAUCUCCUGCUUCUCCACUGUGUACAGCCAGGUCAACGACAUCUCAGGGGACCCAGUCAGCAUCGAAUAUAGCACAAAGCCUCCUAAAGUCUUUCCUGAAGUCAGACAUGUUGGCAAAAAUGGCACCCUCUAUGUGACAUGGAUGCCUGUGAGUGGUGUCGACAAGUACAUUCUCUCUUUGGCCACUGCUGGAUUGCCCACCCAGACUGUUAACAUUAGCAACAACGAGAGCACUAACCACAAUCUGUCACACACAUUUUCCGACCUGCUGCCCGCCACUGUAUACACGGUCGUCGUUACGACAGUCAGCGGCUCCUUCAGUGAGUCGUCAGAACUGGUUUCCAUAGCAACCUAUCCCACCACACCUGGAGCGAUCACAAUCAUAGAGAAAACCACAGGCUCCAUUGCACUGGUAUGGGAAAGUGCCCCAAACAUGACCAGUGGCAGCUUCAAUUACACUGUCACAUAUGAAGCAACAGGAGAAAAUAGUAGUGAAAUCACCACCACCAACACCACCCAACUCCUGUCCGGCCUGAGUUCUGGAACACCUUACAACAUCUCUGUGGCAGCUGUUGGUCCAAAGGACCUCAAGAGUGACUCUGUGUCUGUGUACCUUGUGACAACAAGACCUGAACGCGUAACACGUCUGCAUGUGUUUGCAACAAGCACAGACAGCAUUACAGUACGGUGGACACCCCCUUCCGAUUCCAAGGAUGGAUAUAAGUAUAACGUUAGCGGCACGGAUGGAACACCAUCCAGAACCACCCCAGACACGGAGUUCAAGUUCACCGAUUUAAGUCCUGGAAGGAGCUACAGCUUCAGUGUUCAGAGCCUCACUGCUGACAACACAGGAGGAGCUCUGGUGAACACAUCAGGUUGCACAGUUGCAGCUGAAGUGUCUUCCAUAACCUGUACUGGGCCUGACCGGACUGAAGCCAUUCUGCAGCUGACGUGGAAUAACCCUCCUGGCUCAAACACAGGCUUUGAGAUCCAGCUGGGAGACCAAAAGGAAACAAUUCCCUCAUGUGACCCCACAUGCAAUCAUGACUUCAACUCUCGUCUGUCUUACCACACUGACUACACCAUUGAGAUCAGGACCAAAGGCUGUGGGAAUAGCAGCUCUGUUAAAAGUGUGUCCUGCAAGACUGGCAUCACAGUCCCUCCUCAAAUGACCACUGAAAACACUGUGACGACGACUAAUACAGAGUACAACAAGUUCACUCUCCUGCUAAGCGACAGUCUAUUCAACAACGACACCUACGGCCCUAUAGUCGCCUACGGCAUCCUUGUUACCUCAGAUACUGGGACAACAAAUGCUGGAGGAGCAAGCAAUUACCUGAACAACACCUAUUCGGACUGGACAGCGGGAAAGACCAAGACAUACCUGGCUGUUGGUCAGGAACUCCCGUCCGAAGCUUCCGAGGCCGUCUCUGCGAGGUCAAGGCGCAGUACAGGCGCGGUCACCGUGGAGAUUGGAGAUGACUCUCAGUGGAAGGGAUACGUAAAUGGACCUCUCAAUGCCAAGGGGAGUUAUAGCUUUGCCGUUGUCAUCUUCACCAAGCUGGAAACACAGAGUGGACUUAUUUCAAAAACCGAGUCCUACUUCUCAAUCACCGAGUUUCACAGUACACCUGUCGAUCUGCCCGAAAAUCCAGCGGUCAUUGGUGGAGCCAUAGGAGGAGGUAUUGCGGCUAUCGUCAUCAUCCUUAUCGUCGUUAUGAUUAUCGUUGCCACCUUCAAGAGGAAGAAAAAUAAAGAAGACACUCCAGGAGUCCCCAUCCACUCCAUCAGAAACAAAGUGAGUGAGCCCAUAAAGGUGGAGGACUAUGAGGCCCACUACAGGAGGCAAAGAGCUGACUCCUUCUGUGGCUUUGCAGAGGAAUUUGAGGACCUGAAGCCUGUGGGUAUUAACCAGCCCAAGAACUCUGCUAUAAACCCUGAAAACAGAACAAAGAACCGCUACAACAACGUGCUACCCUAUGAUAACUCACGGGUCAAGCUGUCUGUCCAUGGCAGUCAAUUUGAUGAUUACAUCAACGCCAGCAACAUGCCCGGUUACAACUCUCGUAAGGAGUUUAUUGCCGCCCAGGGCCCCCUGCCCGUUACAGUGAAUGACUUCUGGAGGAUGAUUUGGGAGAAGAAUGUUCAUACUGUGGUCAUGCUAACCAGAUGCAACGAGCAAGGACGGGUGAAAUGUGAAGAGUACUGGCCAGCUGGCACGGAGACCAAACAUUUCAGUAAUCUGAUUGUGAACACAACCUCUGAAAUUCCUCUGGAGGACUGGACAAUUCGAGACUUUGAUGUCAAAAAUGUGAAGACGGCAGAGACGCGCGCCGUGCGGCACUUUCACUUCACGGCCUGGCCAGAUCACGGCGUGCCGGAGACCACCGAGCUGCUCAUCAACUUCCGGCACCUGGUGCGGGAGCACAUGGACCAGUACUCCCGUCACUCCCCGACCAUGGUGCACUGCAGUGCUGGUGUGGGGCGUACGGGGACGUUCAUCGCCAUCGAUCGGCUCAUCUUCCAGAUAGAGCGGGACGGUGUGGUUGACAUCUAUGGAAUCAUCCAUGAUCUCCGGAUGCACCGAACGCUAAUGGUACAAACUGAGGACCAGUAUGUGUUCCUGAACCAGUGUGCCAUAGAUAUUAUUAGGUCACGGACGGGGACUAAUGUGGACUUAAUCUAUCAGAACACAGCUGCCCUCACUAUUUAUGAAAACUUUGAACCCAUGAAGAAGUCCAAAAAUGGAUACCACAAGGCCUAGUUGUCACAGCCUCUCAGAAAGCUUGGCGUUUUCUGUGGAACCACUGAAGUAAUUGUUAAAAUGAUUCUUUUCUACUGUUUUAAUUUUCAUUGAAGGGAUUUUUGACUUUUUCAUUUAGAUAUUUAUUUAACCGUAAGUAUGAUUUUGCAGUUUUUGAAGGAAUUGUAAAGUUUCGAUACAUGAAGACCUUUUACAUUUUUUUUAUAGCUUGUUUUGAUCAUUUCUAUGAACCAGGUACUAUCAGUGUAAUUUCUUAUACUGCUAUUUAUUUUACUCUUUGUUUACACACUGUAGAUGUAUUAGGCGUGCUAUACUUCUGACUUUCAAAAUAAUUUAUUUUUAUAUAAGUUAAAAUUAUUCAUUUGUCUAAUUUUAUCUGUGCAAUACAUCAUGUCAUCUAAAUGAAUAUGCAAAAGUUUUAUUUUGGUUAAUAUAUAUAUAUAUAUUGCACUCAGGACAUCAUCGAUGAUAUGCACUAGGUUUUUGCAUAUACAUGCUGAUCUUUAAGGUUGCUGUUAAAUAUUUAAAUUGAAUUAAAUGCUAUAUUUUAAUGUAUUUUAUAGAGUAUAUUAUUGUUCAGACAUGAGCACUUUCUCACCAAUACAUUCCAUCAGCUACUUUAGUGACCAGGCGUUGUCUGCCCCCUACCUGUCUUAUUUUGUCAGGUAAUAAUUUGCCCUCCACAGUGUUUUCUGUUUGCUGUCAGUCAAACGAAUUCCCUCACGCCUCUGGUUGUUUUCCUGUCCCUUCCUGUAGCUCUGCUUCACCCUAACUUUAAAUACACUGAACCUAUGAAGUUGUAAUGUUUAUUUUCUUGAAGGGUGUAGGCCACAUAACCUUUGUCUGUGUUACCUCAUAAUUGGUGUACUUUGUUAUAUAGACAAAAAAAAACAGUUAUGGAUCAUAGAUGAAAAUGUGAAAAUUCACAGCCUUACUCAUAGAUAUGUAUACUUUUUAAAAACAAAUUUUAUACUGUUUUCAUUAUUUAUACAGUCCACUGCAAUACCACUGCGAUACAAAAUUGCAUUUACUUCACUGUCAUUAGUCUGUCAUUUCAAAUAGUAAUUUAUGAAAUGAUUUUGAAUCACUGUCAUAUGUUGCAUCCUGAGAACAUGCUUUGAUCACACCUUAAAAAGGGAUCUUCAUUGACCAUUGUUGUAAUUUUGUAUGUACUGUUCCUUUGACUACUGUAUGUAUUGUCAUAUGCAACAUCUUUGUAUAAACGUGUGUGUGUGUGUGUGUAUGUGUAUGUAUGUUGCAUAAACAUUUCGCUGAAACAUUUCAAGAUAUGUAUGCUUUAAACUCUUUUCUUGUUCUCUAUCUACAGUCUUAAAGAGAAAUGCAUUAUGCUGGUCACAAUGACAAUCUGUACGUGUUCAAAUUGAAGAGUAGACUUAAAUAUAAAUACCUCU